AUGAAAAGUCAUAGGAGUUUUAGGAGUUUAGAAGAUGAAGAGGAUUAUGGCAUAAUGGGUGUUUGGUCAGAACUAGUGAGAGUAACUGUGUUUGGGUUUCUCUCAUUCUCUCUCUCACCGUCUCCUCUUCUUCAACGAUCUUGGUUGCGUCGCAUCUCCCGGUACCGUUGCUCUGUCCAUCGUCUACCUCUCCACCGCCUCUUCACUGGCGUCGUCUUCUCCCCGGUCAUCUUCCAUUGUCUUGGCCCCGUUUUUGCCUCCUCCUCCACCGGAGCAGCAGCCCCACCUUCUCCUCCACCAGAGAGGUGCAGCUCGGGGAUCCGGCGCAGGGAGGGCGGAGCCCGGCAAGGCCCGGGCCGUAGACUCAGCCAGUCCAAUUCGGAGAAUGCGGUGUCGCUGUCGGCGAGCGGGCUUUCCGAUGAUCUUAGCUGCCAGUGCGCGCCGGCUGCCGCCUUGGAUCUUGAUAAGUUUGGGCCUGGGAGUCUCGAGAACUGGGCGGUUUUGUCGAUCGAUGGCGAGAGACCGACUCCUCGCUCUCAUCAUGCCGCAACGGUGGUCGGAAGCAAGAUGGUCGUUGUGGGCGGUGAGUCUGGGAAGGGAUUGUUAGAUGAUACAUUGAUACUUAACAUGGAGAAGCUUGCAUGGGUAGUUGCAUCACCAAAAGCUUAUUUAUCGCCAAAUGGGGUGCCAUCAAAUAUCCCUGCUUGCAAGGGUCAUUGUCUCGUCUCUUGGGGGAAAAUGGUGCUUCUGAUUGGGGGGAAAACUGAUCCAGUGAGUGACAGAGUACAAGUUUGGUCCUUUGAUGUUGAAUCUGAGUGCUGGUCGAGCAUUGAAGCAAAGGGAGACAUUCCGGCUGCUCGCAGUGGCCAUACUGUUAUAAGAGCUGGUCCUGUUCUAAUCCUUUUUGGUGGAGAAGAUUCAAAGGGAAGAAAAUUAAAUGAUCUCCAUAUGUUUGACCUUAAGUCUUUAACAUGGCUUCCUUUGCAUUAUACAGGAACAGGGCCGAGUCCAAGGUCAAACCAUGCAGCUGCUCUUUAUGAUGAUCGGAUUCUUCUUGUUUUUGGAGGGCAAGCAAAGUCAAAGAUUCUGAAUGACCUUUAUUCACUUGAUUUUGAAACGAUGGUAUGGUCAAGGAUAAAGGUUAAGGGUCAUCAUCCAUCACCUAGGGCAGGCUGCUGUGGUGCUCUUUGUGGAACCAAAUGGUAUAUUGCUGGUGGUGGAAGCAAGAAAAAACGUACGCAUGAACUAUUGAAUAGAGUAUGCACUGCAAUAUUCAUAAUUUGCAUAUUUAAUUUCCUUAAUUAA